AAGCUCUCUGUUUCUUUCCCUUUCCCUAAAGCUUGAACUCAAUUAAUGGACCCUUAUCGGAUCCUCGUCCUCCUCUCCUUCUUUCUUCGCCUCCAUGAAGGUUGGGCCACCGCCGUUCAAGGCGGCCAAUUUGCAAAGGGCAGCAUAGAAGUCGGCGGCCUCGAGCUCCGCGAGCACACCACAUUCACUAAAAUCUGGACCGCCGCCCCGCUCAACUCCGGCGACUCCAGCGCCACUUUCUUCUCUCCUUCCUCCCUUCCCUCCGGCUUCUUCCCCCUCGGCUCGCACGCUCAAUCCCACACCCCCAAUCCCUCCCCAACUCGCGCCCUCAUUGCCCGCGACACCGCCAACUCCCUCGCCUCCCCCACCGACUUUACCGUCCUCUUCUCCAGCAACUUCUCCUCCCCUUCCCCCGUCUUCUUCUGGCUUCCCAUACCCCCUCCAGGCUACACCGCCGCCGGCCACGUCAUCACCACCUCCCCACAAAAACCCCCUCUCUCCUCCCUCCGCUGCCUCCCCAACCACCUCCUCGAACCAUGCCAUUCCGACGCCCCAACUUGGUCCCCCAAAUCGGACCUCCCUUUCACCGUCCACCUCUCCUACUCCCUCGGCACCUUCGUCGCCGGCGGCGAACCUCCUCUCCAUUGCCUAAAGAAGAAUGACAUAGCCCUCGCUGCGAUGCCGAAUCUCACCCAAAUCAGGGCCCUGAUCCAAACCUUCUCCCCCAUAUUCAAUUUUCACCCGAAAGAGCUCUACCUACCCUCAUCCGUCCCCUGGUUCUUCAACAACGGCGCGCUGCUUUACACUAACAGCAGCUCGAACGGCCCGGUCCGCAUCGAUCCGCCCGGCACCAACCUUCCCCAGGGUGGCACCAACGACGGAGCCUACUGGCUCGACCUUCCCACCGACCCUGCUUCUCAGAAUACCAUCAAAGCUGGAAACCUUUCCUUCGCCGAGGCCUACAUCCACAUCAAGCCGACGCUCGACGGCACCGCUACCGAUAUCGUUUUCUGGCUCUUCUACCCUUUCAAUGGCCCGGCGAGGGCUAGGGCGGGGUUCAUCGAAAUAUCCCUAGGGCGAAUCGGAGAGCACGUCGGGGAUUGGGAGCACGUGACUCAGAGAUUCAGCAACUUCGACGGCGAGAUGACGCAGAUGUACUUCUCUCAGCACAGCUCCGGGGAAUGGGUGAACGCGGCAGAGCUAGAGUAUGCUGCGGUGGGGGAGAGGCGGCCGGCGGCGUAUGCGACGCUACACGGGCACGCGUUUUAUAGCAAGGCGGGGCUGGUGUUGAAGGGGGAAGCGGAGAAGAUUGGGAUAAAGGAUGAGACGGCGGAAGAGGGAGCGGUGAUGGACGCGGCGGCGGGUUGCCUGGUGGUGUCAGCGGAGCAUUUGGGGUUGGAGGAACCGGCGUGGUUGCAGUAUAUGAGAGAGUGGGGGCCGAAGGUGAGCUAUGACGUGGAUAAGGAGUUGGGGAAGAUGAUGAGGUUUCUGCCGGGGAAGAUGAAGAGAGGGCUGAGGACUCUGGUGGGCAGGCUGCCGAAGGAGAUGCUGGGGGAAGAAGGGCCGACAGGGCCGAAGGGGAAAGCCAGCUGGAAUGGGGAGGAGUCCUAGAUGACGAUGAUGAUGAUGAUUUACCAUCAGCUUAUCCUAGAUGACAAUGCAACCAUUUGCAGCUGCUUUUGAACAGUUGUAAAUGGAAGGUUUUUGUUGGAAGAAUGCUAAGCAGUUACCUGUGCUAAACGAGUCCCAUGUCCUUUCGGAGCGAGCAGAACAAGACCAUGCCAUGCAUUUCUAAAACCCACAAUUUCAAAAAGUCCAUCGUCCACGUAAGGAGUUCCCCAUGGAUUCAAACCUCCAGAAAAGCUAGGUAAGUUGAGACAAAUUAUGGACCUAAUGCUGCAAAUUGUAUAGAAUUUGAUUAGUAGGAUGACAAUCAUAGAUUCCAAAUUUUGUAUAGCACAGAGACAAUAUGAUAGGCAGUUUUUCAUUGAAAAAAAGGCAAUAAACAACUGCAUUAACUAGCAUUAAUAACAUUCUACAGUAACUGAAGAGCGGAAUGGUAGACAAUACAGUCUAGUCAACGAUCUAUAUUUUCCUACACUAAAAAGGGUGUACUUAAGGGGUAAAUGAAUCGAGCUAGCUCUGGCUUGAAUUUGAAUUUUGAUUUUCUUAACAACCUGAUCUACUUUAGAGAGAAGGUUAUUUCCAUAACUUUAAUGAGACUUCUAGAUUAUAAUAGAGGCAAGUAACCAUUAUUCCAAACUCAUCUUCUACGGAAUGGCGAAGAAUAUAAUACCAAAUCAAAUGCUCAUAUUACCAGCCUUUAUAUGUGUGUGGAGGUUUAGUUCACCAAAAGGUUUAAAGUAGAAUAAAAGAUUUAGAGUUGCUAGCCUAGCUGAUAAAAAUCCCUAGUAAGUUGUUCGCGCAUAAAUUAAAUAUUCCAUUAAAUUUUAAAGAAGAGUACAUCAUAUGUAUUUGGAGUUGAAUGAUAGAUAUAUAACUUUCUCUAUGUUAGUAACUGAGAUGAAUUACUUAUUAUGAAAACAAAAGCUGGAAGUGGAGAAGAAAGCAUUGAUACUGCUGCUAUUACUAUCUUCUCUUCUUGGUUGUAAGCUUCUCUCUCUCUUCCCUUCUUUGUUGUAAAAGCUUCUCCCAAUUAUGGCUGAAAGCUUAAGCCUCUCUCUACUUUUGUUUAGUUAUAAGACGCUUCAACACAAUGCAAGCAUCUCCUCAUAUAGUGCUUAGAGGUGUUAGAUAAUAAGAUUGAGUAUGUUAGGUAGAUGGAAGUAGGUAUUAUAAUAUAGAUGUUAAAUAUUGGAUGAUAGAUAAUAAAUUUAUAAGAGCGAGAUAGAGUAGUAGGUAAUAUGAGUUAGGUAGAGAAAUUUAUUUUCACAUCUUAAUACUAUCCAACUUGGAGAUAGAAUUUCAAUUUACUUAUUUAGUGAUCAAUAUUUAGACACCUCUCCUAUGUGGCACCUUCAUAUCAUCAUUCGUGGAUGCUAAUCAGGCUUUAAGAAGCCUCAAUUAAAAUCACAGUAGUUGAUAAAAUGUGUUGCCAAAGGACCCAGCCGUUACAUGCUUUAUUUAUAUGAAUCAUCUCUCUAACAGUUGGGUCCUUUGGCAACAUAUUUUGUCAAGUCCUGUGAUUUUAAUUGAAUAAUAUUUGACCUCAAACUUUCUUUAUGAAUCUACCAAGAAAAAAAUGUAUGAGCUUAAUAGAAAAAAAAAAAAGAGGGGGAGAGAAAGAAAGGAGAGAGAACACAAUUAAGAAUGUUGAAAAUAAAUGAUAUAUAAAAUAUAUUUAAUUAUUUGUAAUUUAGAGAUUAGCCCCAUUAACUGAAUACACUCUUCUAGUAAUGAUAAAAUAGAGUCAAGUAAGCAAUUUUAUCUCAACAUCCACUUAUAAUACCUAAAAUUCCUCUCUUAUUUAACAUUUGGAGAUAUCUUUAACUCUUUUAGGCUCAAGGAUCAAAUUGACUCAAUUUACAUUAGUUGAGGAGCUAAAAUGGGGCAAUGUGACACUCUGGGACUAAAUUGGAUAUUUAUUGAUAGUCGGGGGACUAAUUUGAGCUUUUAGUCGUUGUUGAUGAAAACAAAAGACUUGAAAUUCAAACCAGGUGAUAAGGCAAUUGUCAUUUGGACUUUGAAAGAUUUCUUAUAUGGACAUUUAAGAAAUUAAUUGCAAGAAAGGUGUGGCAUAUUAAGUCUUCAACACUUUGCGAUGUAUGCUGAUAAACUAAAAAUCCUAGGGAGGUAUUCUAGACUUCAAUGUAUCUAAUUUGAGUUUACUUUAUGAACCUGCAAGCAGUGUCAUUGAUUCUUCUCUCUUUAUUUUCCUCUUAGUGAAUUCACAUCCACAACUUAUCACAGAAAUCUACUUUAUCUUGUUCCAUAAACUAUUCUGAAUGAGGAAAUUAUGUUCACUACUGAUGGUGGAUAUCAGAAGUAUCUUACACGCUAGUGUGUAAAAACCUCAUUUGCGGUGAUUCAUAGAUUACCUUAUAGGAAA